GAGCAACCCCCUUUACACCAGUGGGCGUUGAAAGUUGUAGGGGUGGUUUGUUAAUGGAAGUACUGGGGCCUCACCGGCAGCACUGCAGGGGGAAGGCUGGUUUGUUUUAGUGAAAGACUUUGCGUCAAUGUUAACGGAGCCGGUGUCGUAGCAAAAUCAGUAUCCCCGGUGGCAAACUGUGUAAAUUAGUGUCGUUUUCACGCUAAGGUAUGGAGAAGAAUGAACGAAUCCCAGUAAACGGAGAAGACAUACCACUCAGGGAACUCGGAGGAGCUGAAAUGACUGACAACAACCAGACAGAAGGUCUCAGAAAACCAAUCAAUAUGAACCAUUAUGCUACAAAGAAGAGUGCAGCGCAAAGCAUGCUGGAUAUAGCUCUGCUGAUGGCCAACUCAUCUCAGCUCAAGACUGUGCUCCAGGAGGGGCCAGAUUACCAAUACUACUACCCUCUGGUUGUCCUCAUCUCCUUGUCAAUGCUUCUGCAGAUCACCGUCGGCCUCCUGCUCAUUUUCCUAGUAAGGUACGACCUCAACGAUGUGAGGAAGCAGCCGAAGCUGAACCUCAUGAACGACGCUUCCACAGUGUUGGUGUUCUUCACUGUACUCGUCAACGUCUUCAUCACAGCUAUGGGCUUUGAAUCCAGCCGGUGAGGCCCCAGCUUUUAUCAGGCCACCUUCCCCCUGCCACAACAUCUGAGGAGCUGGGAGAAGCUGGUGAACUGGCCCAGUUGACCCCCGACUGUCUCUAUUCAGGGGUGUCCAGUCCUGGUGUACUGGUCCUGAUGACCCCCUACUGUCUCUCCUCAAGGGUGUCCAGUCCUGGUUCUGGAGGGCUGGUGUGUCUGCAAGUGUUUCCAGCUCUCUCUAAAGCCACAGAGACUGAAGAGCUGCUAAACGGGUCCAGUUGAGCCAGUAAUGAGCCCAAUGAGGUUGUUAGGAGCCUAGCUGGUGGUUCCAAAUGCUGGUCCUGGAGCCCCACACACCUGUGGAGUUUCAUUCCAGCCAACCCUAAUCACUUACUAACUAAUAAGUUGCUUAGAUGGAGCAUCUGCAAGUCUUUUUUUUUAAAGGUUUGAACAUUUGUUGCUUACAGUAUGUGACAGUGGAACACACCUCCCACUGCACUUCCUACUCAGCGGCGCGUGGGAAUGUGCAGCUUCCACACCUGACGCCAAUCAGCGCUACAAUUUAAGAUCCCCACGCGCCCUCAGACGGCGUUCACGGCAGAACCGAAUGUGUUCCCCUCACCGGUGACACAAACUAAUUUCUCCACUUGGAGAAAGAUUUCUCUCCUGUACCAGAGAACCAAAAUCUCUGCAGACGACUACACACUGGCACACUGCAGGGAAGACAACACGCGCUCUGCCGGUGCUCAGGCAGCCUCCUUAACUCUACCGACACUUUCACACUUAUGAAAUACAGUACUUGAAUGGCAACUCACAACGUGUUAAUGGAGUCUUUCAAGAAAUACUGUAUCUGACUGGGAUUCCACCUUGGGUUAGCUGCCCAAGCAAACAAGAAAAAAAGAAAUUCUGAUCUUUGUUAUGAUUCUAAUAUUAAUACUGUACAGUAGUGAUGCUCAGGUUAAAAAAAAAAAGAUUUUUGAGCGGGUAAAAAAAAAGCCAACCCGUUCAUCACUACUACACAGCCAAGCACAGGAAAGAUAUGAUGUGGAUUUGAAUUCCUAAAACACACCUGGCAAUUUAAAGUCAUUGUAGUGCAUAGAGAAGAGACUUGUAUGGACGGCAUAUGUGGUGAUCCAAAUUGUAUUCCUUGUAUGCAGUAUUGUCUGCUUCUACCCACUUCUGUACGUCUAUAUUGACACAGGCAUCAGCCAAAAAACAAAUAAGAAAAAGGAUCUGUAAAUAGAGUGCAGUAUAUAUUCUACCUGGUUGGCUAAAGCUGGAUGUAAUCUAUUAUAUCAAUAUAGAGCUAACAGUGGGGAGAAGGGAGUUACUGGGAAGUUAAAUUAAGUGGUUGAGACUUCCCGAAGUUUUAAAAAGUGUCCAAUAAUUUCAAUCAGGCUGCAGUGUUCGGCAAAGAGGGACACCCACUGGGCAGCUUGUCAAAUUACACUCUAGCCCAGCUCAGCUCAACAAUCACUACUAUCGCUAUCACUUCCUUACCCGUAGUUGAAUCCAUUUAACCAUUUAACACAUGCUCUUCCAAUCCCAGGGCUGUCUGGAUUCUUCACUAGAUUCAGGGUCUAAAACAUCCCUUAACAACGUGUGAAGUUGUAGUGGUGAAGAUGUCGUCUUGUAAGGUCAGGAUGUUUAGGAAAAGGAAGUACAUUUUCCUGAAUCAGUGAAUGAAUCUUGAGAGUUGGUCCUCAAAAAGCCAGACUUCAGAGAAGCAGGUGGCUUUCCUCAAAGCAGCGUAACAUGUUGAAAUACAAAAGAUUUAUAUUACAUAAAGGUAGCAACCAUUAAAAGAUAACUCCUUCUUCAA